UUUUCCUUAAACGAAAAAGAUUUAAUUUAGGUGUGCAACAACCUGACAAACAAUGGCCGAGAAAAAGAAAGCACUGUUCAUUUGUCUUGGAAACAUUUGCCGCUCGCCAAUAGCCGAGGGAGUUUUCCAGAAAACCGUGAAUGACUUGAAGAUCGGAGAUAAGUGGGAAAUCGACAGUGCCGCGAUCGGCGCUUGGCAUGUCGGGAACACACCGGACUAUCGCGCUAUGGACACUAUGAAGGAGCAUAAUGUUCCAUAUAACAAUCAUGCUAGACAGAUUACAAAAGAAGACUUCAACCACUAUGACUACAUUUUUGGCAUGGACGAGGCAAACAUGAAGGACCUAAAGAGACUAGCACCUAAGAACUGCAAGGCUGAGCUGCUUAUGUUUGGUGAUUUUGACCCUCAGGGUGACAGGAUCAUCAGAGACCCUUAUUAUGAUGCUGAUUCCAAGGGUUUUGAAAAAUGUUACCAGCAGUCUGUGAGAUGUUCAAAGGGAUUUUUAGAGCACUUGGAAAAGAAAGGCUGAGAAGAUUGUACUGCUACAUUCCAACAAUUACAUAAUACUGUAUAGUAAAUUAUUUUUAUUAUUCAAAUAAAUUUUUGUUGUAACUU